CGUGUCGCUAUGGUACUCCGUGCUCGGCCAUUUGUGAUAUGGCUUGAGACUUUUGCGACUGUCUUCGUCGCCGAAUCCCGUCAACCUGCAGUGCAGCCACAUCUCCUUUCUCAAUCCUUUCCCCUGCAUGAUCGACCGUCCCAUUCACCAUGACUUCUUCCUCUGCAGCCGUAUUCCCGUUCCUGGCUGGACUCGUCGCCUUUCUUUCGAGUGCAUGGUAUCUAUAUCGCCGAAUGGCUAAGACCCGAGCCAACGGGCCCGGUUCGAAGGAUGCGGACGCCACCGAUCCCGCACUUCUCCGGAAUAACUCCCAGAUAGCUCCGUACACCGCCGCCCGGAGCGGAAUCACCUACCCUGCCAUCCGAGUCUUCUAUCGCCGCCAUCCGAAAGCGGAUGAGCUGCCCCGGGACCCUACCCCCCUGCCGCUGUUGGUUUUUAUCCACGGCCUGGGGGGCUCCGUCGCCCAAUUCCACCCUCUUUUAACGAGUCUCGUGAACUCUGCCUCCUGUCUUGCCAUCGACUUUCCCGGUUGUGGUCGCUCCCGAUUCGCGCCGACUUCAUGGGACGCAUAUACCACGGACGCAUUGACCGACCUGCUCGAGACCGUCAUCGAAGGUUAUCGGGAGAGGAACCAAGGGCUCGUCCUCAUCGCCCAUAGCAUGGGAACUGCCAUUGCGGCCCGUAUUGCGAAUAGGCAGUCGGCUUAUUAUUUGCAACCACCUUCCCACGUUAUGGGGCUCAUCGCCAUAUGCCCCGUAUCUGGGCCUCUCCCGGCGAAGACCGUGCGCAAUGUUCGCAUUCUCCUCCGGCUCCCGGAACUUAUUUUUAAUGUGUGGAGGGCGUGGGAUAGAUGGGGCGGUCCGGAGAGCGCUAGUGUCAAGCGCUUUGUCGGUCCCGGCGCGGAUCUCGAGGCCCGGCAGCUUCAGGACAGAUUUAAUCACCAGAGCCGGACGCCAGUCUUCCGUCGAAUGGCCUGGGGAUCGCUACCUACUCAUUAUAUCGACGGAAAGCCCACCGGCGGGCUCUUUGGUGAGCCUACUUGGACAGGCCUCGACGUCCCCGUUUAUCUCGUCGGUGGUGAGCACGACACAGUAACGUCGCCGAAGGAAAUAGAGAAGAUUCGGGCACUUCUUCAAUUGGCGGCGGGAACUCCUACCGUCUCUAAAGAAUCUAGUCUAGGUGACGGCUGCUCAAUUCCUUCUACGGAAAGGAAUGCAGUUGUAGACGCGGCAACCCCCCCUGUGAACACCGUAGCGGCGCCUCGGGAGAACAUUCCACAGUCGAUCGAUGCUAUUACCGAUGAAGAUUUCUUGCGAAAACAACAGGCGAUGGCACACGUGGAGGAGAGCUUUGAGGACCCUACGACGCCUAGGGAUCAAGAGUCUAUCGGUGGCGUCCCACCGGAACCGCAGCACCCAGUCAAGUUUGUCGACACCACGCUGCUACCCGCCGGGCAUGCCAUGCUUUACAUGCCCACCACGGUCCGCACUUUGGCGGGCCUCAUAGGCGACUUCAUGAACGACCACAUCACUGGCCGGUUUUCGCUUGGUUGGCAGCUACAGUAUCUCUCGCGCGAAGGCAAGUGGGACGUCAAGAAUCUCGUCAAGUGGAAAGGGGUCCGCCCUGUUUCCGCACCCAUUGGUGGUGUGUUCCGAGCGAUGAAGACUCUUCGCGAGGUUGACGAGCAGCAUUGCCCCAAGGUGUUCACAGCCAACUGGGGAACAAUCAUCAAAGACAUCAUCGAUAUCAGUCAUGACGACCCAGUCUACGACCCGAAGAGCUUCGGAAGGGGGAUCAAGUACCACAAGUUCCCGACGGUGUCGAAGAUCCCGCCCACCGACACCGAGGUGGCGAACUUCAUCAGCCUCGUCGACAAGAUCCGCGAGGACCAAAAGAUCCGGUCGACCACCGAGCCAGGCUGGAGCCGGGACCACGCCAUCGGCGUCCACUGCCACUAUGGUUUCAACCGCACGGGUUACUUCGUGGUGUGCUACCUCGUCGAGCGCUGCGGGUACGGCGUCCAGGAGGCGAUUGACGCCUUCGCGAAGGCGCGGCCGAACGGGAUCCGCCACUCGCACUUCCUGGAUCGCCUGUUCGUCCGUUACUCGACCGUGCACAGAUGACGGCGAGUGCAACUCUCGGGGCAACGCGCUUUUAUUUUUGUUUUUGUUUCUUUUUUCAUCCCUACAUCUGGUGUUAUCACAGGGUCAUUAUCUUGGACCAACCAAUCGGAUUGCGAAGACUUAAGGGUAGCCGGGGUUUACGUGUUGACUUUUCUGGGUGACUGGCAUCGGACGGUCGUUUGGCGCUCGCUUAAUAGAGGUGUUAUUACCGGUUUUGUCUUCCCCACGGCUUAUCUUUGUCUCGGUAUCGGUCGAGGAGUUUCCUGCCUCAUGUAGUCUAGCCUAUUAUUCCCUAUCAAUUCGGCUUUCGGAGUCAUGUAUACGCGGAGA